AAAAGAUCAUUAUGUUUAUUUAAUCUGAGGCUCCACAUCUUCACAUUACUGUGAGGAAACAGAAAGUACAGCUGAUGUGGGUGGAAACAACUUUAUGCACAUGUGAGAAAGAGUGAGAUGACAACACCACAAACAGCAGUGUGUUUGACACUGAGAACUAUAAACCUCACAAUCUGCAUGAACACGCCUUUUUCAGACCAGCAUCUUCAUCAGCUUCAGAUUAUCACACUGUUUCUUUUGCUGCCGCUGAUUCUCAGGCGACCUGAAAUACAAAUCUAGUUUGAAAUCCCUCUUUUGUUUCUCCGGCUACCAGAUCAUGGCAUUAUAGGCCCUGUAUUCAUUGUAGGUGUCAGAAUCUCAAGUCAAGACACGAAAAAGCAUAUAAAGAGGAAAUGUAUCAAACCAAGUUUAGAAAGACACAGGUUCCCCUUCCUGUUGUUAGCAGUGGCCUGUGUUUAAGAUGAACCUUUACCACUGUCACAUCAUAAAACACUUAGUCAUUUCUUCAAGAGUGAUGUUCAACAGUUUAUCUGUGGCAUAUCUCCUGCCCCCUCAAACGCUGGAACGAUCACUCUUAGGUCUUGAGCUGUCCAAGCGCAGUUCUGCUGUAUUUGCUGUUGUAUUGGACUGAAUGUAUCUCUACAGCUCAACAGUCAGUCAGCAAAUUUGACGUUUGAUUCCCAGUGGCUGCUAAGUGGCAAUAAUGCAGAUCAGCACAGACAGCUAAUAUGUGCUUAGAUAUCACACUUUCUUGAAUCUUCUUGUGAGUGUAAACACAGUUACAGCCACAAACACACAUGCUGUGCACCAAAUACAACAGCUGCACUUCUUUUUUGACUAGAAUUGUCUUUUAAUCUGCAUCAGCUCAUUAGUUAAUCAGUCACCUGAGUCCAGCUGCUGCUGGAGCUGAUCCUGCCAACAUGAGUAACCAGGCAACACCAAACAAACAUACAGCAGCUCCAGGACUGUGAGACCUGAGCACCUCUGAUGCUACUUUUUCUUUAGAUCUGAAUCUGCUUAACAAAAACAUGAGCUCUGACGUUUUAGUAUCACGGCCACACUAUGACAGCAGAGCUGUGGCUUUGGGGGCCCCGGAGAAGAAUCCUCCUCCGGAGGUCCCGCAGCCGUCCUCAGGCUCAGCCACCGCGGGGUACCGCUCCGCUAAGUACACACCAGCCGAGUGGUUCUCCAACUACCACACCAUCCUCCAACAGGCCGGUACCGACCGCUACGAAGCCCGGAGCAUCCAGCGAGAGUCCAAAACUCUGUACCAGGACACCGAGGCAGCCACUUUGCAGACACAGGCCGAGGGAACGCGUCUUCUGGGAGAGAGACUACAAGACAUCCACUGCUGGAAGUCAGAGCUGCAGCGGCACAUCGAGCAGCUGCUGGCCGACACCGACUCACUGCUGGCGCUGAAGACGCGGCUGGAGAAGGCGCUGGACGCCACCGAGACUCCGUAUGCCAUCGCCACCGAUAAUCUGAACUGCAGGGCGAGAAGACCGGGACCAGACCUGGUCCGUGACUCCGUGGAGGAGGAGCUGCUAAAGGAGGUGGACUUGAUCAGGAGUGUCCAGGCUCUUCUGAAGAGAACUACAGCUCAGGUCGUCACUCAGAUCAAGAUGAACAGAGAAGCCAAGCAGACAUUAGAGUUGGACUGGUCUGAUAAGUACCAGGCCUACAACUUUGACGAGCACUGCGGCAGAUACAGCAACAUGAGUCCAGAUACACAGCUCCACCCCAGCUCAGCCACCAUGCACGACCAGGUGUGUAACCACACAUCGUGGACAAAGUUCACACAGGACAACCUGAGCAAGGCUCUGCAGGAGGAACAGGCCAGCAACAGUCUCAGAACGCUGGUGGAGCGAGUGCUGCUGGACACCACUGAGGAUCUGAGAGCCCAGUGCUCCGGUGUGGACCGAGCCUUCAGCCAGCGCUGUGUGGAGCUGGUCGAGGCCAAGACCAAGCUGGAGAUGAGGCUCGCACAGGUCCUGGAGCAGAUUGGGAGCCAGGAGAGGAACAUUGUGGCUCUACGGCAGGCCAUCCACAACAAAGAAGCUCCACUGAGAGUAGCUCAGUCCAGACUUUACCUCCGCUCACUCAGACCCAACAUGGAGCUCUGCAGGGAUGAACCCCAGCUCAGUUUGGAGGGGGAGGUGAGGCAGAUUGACGCCACUCUGGCGUCUCUGCAGCAGCAGCUUAGCGAGGCCAGGGGCUCCCUGUCCCACCUGGAGGAGUCGCGCAUGGCCCUCGAGAAGGAUAUAAACCGAAAAACCCACUCACUGUUCAUCGAGAGAGACAAGUGCAUGACUCACCGCAAACGAUACCCAACCAUCUCCACACUGUCAGGAUACUGAGGAUAACUGUUAGUCACAAAUCUUGAAUUAGUUUGGUCUCUUCUGUUGUGCUGUGUUGUUAGCAUUAAUAAAAUGCUCUUUGAUCAAAAAAACUCAAUAGUAUAUCACAUGUUUUGAUCCAGUUGAAUAUGAAUUCAUAACCGGGGGAAAGUAGGCUGGAGGCACAGCGCUGAAAAAUGAAAUGUUUCUCCAGGUCAAAUGAGAAAUUCUUGUUUCUUUUCAGCUCAGUUAAGAUACUGAACAACAAAGAGAGCCGUCGUUCUUCGUACAGCUGAGGCUCCACUUGAAACUGUGGCGUAGGUUCAGAGCUGUACAAUUUUUCUGAUGUUGCUGUUCAAGUUACUGAAGUUCAAAUUGUGGAUAUACAGUAGAUUGUGGAUAUAGGUUGUUGUUGUUUUGCAACGGUUGAGGGUUUGUUUUCACCAGAGACAGGAUGCGGGUCAGUUUGCUGAAGGCAAAUGAAGUUUUUCCUGCAGGAUCCAACCAGGAUGAACAUUAUUGUGUCUCAGGUGAUAACAGCUGAACGUGCUCAUCAUGGGUUCUACUUCAAGGUUCUAACAAAGAUCUUUAUUUUAUUUGUUCUUCAUUUUAAACGUUCAUGAAGUUUUUUGUUUCUUAAGAUGAAGCACAGAAAACACCAACAUCUUUUUAUUGGUAACACAAAUGAUUUAUUAAUUUUUUGUAUGCCUUCACACCAGUGACAGCCAGCGCCAGAGGCAUAUUGUUUAUAGGUUGUCCAUACAUCCAUCCCAGUCUUGUGGACAUGAUAUCGCAGUAACGCCUUGACGGAACUUUUUCAAAUUUGGCACAAACAUUCAUUUGGACUCAAGGAUGAAAUGAUUCGAUUUUGGCCAAGUCAAAGGUCAAGGUCAGUGUGACCUCUCAAAACACUUUGUAGCCAUUACUCAAGACUUCACACGGCAAAUAUGACAGAAUUUGACACAAAUGGUUAAUAUUCUAUAUGACUCUGGAUAAAUGAGGAUGUAAUGUGAAACUAGUCUGAGUAGCGGAGGCAAACAACCAUGAGGCAGCAAUACUAGUUCCUCUUGAACGAAUAAGGACACAUCUUUCAUACAACCAUAAAAGAGGCCACUUUUUUAUGUUGUGUGGAUCAUUUACAUCUCAGGUCUCAUGGAGGAACAUAGAAGAUUCAGUACAUUCACAUUCAUUCUUUGGUAAAUGAGAAUUAACAUAGUGACCUUCUCUCCAUUAGUCCUGACCUAAAAACAAUAACACCUGUCCUCAGUUAUAAGCCUAAAACAAAUACAAUUAUAAAUCAGUUAUUCUUCAAUAAAUGAAUUCCUCUCCCCUUUGAACACUGUAGUAAAAACUUGCCUGUGGCUGAACCUAACUGCUGACCCCUGGUACAUGAAGAAAGAAGUGUUAAAAAUAAGUCUGAGUUCAUUUGGAAAUAGUGUCUCAGUUUGUCCGUGACAGUGCACUGAACUAUAAAAUGGCUCACUGAGUGACACACUUCUUUCAUUAUCAAAUUUAUGGGACCAUAAAAUGUUGGUUUAUGUUGGCUGUGUGUGUACUAAAUAAAGCGAAGGCAUAGAUCAAACGUGUGUCAGAUUGUGGGUAUAAACUACAGCUGCAGUGAUUAGUUGAUUAAACAAUUAGUCGAUCAACAGCAAAUGAAUCUGCAAUCAUUUUCAUAAUUUAUUAUUUUCUGACAAAAAUGUCUGAAAAUGUGUUGGUUCCACCUUUGAAAUGUGGAGAUUUUCUGCUUUUCUUUCUCUUGUAUUACAGCAAGUUGAAUAUCUUUUAUCUUUUGGACC